AUGAGCGCCGUACUCGUCGAUACCCGUGGCCACAAGUACCGGCUGGAGAUGGCUGUGGAUCCCGAGCGCGGCUCCUACGGUGCACUUUUUGCACAGGCUACAACGUACCGUGCCCAACGCCUCCCCCCUCCAUGCGCGGAGGACAUACCGGUUCUUGUGGAGGGCAAUGCUACUAAGUCGGGCGCCAAGUCAUUGGUGAGCGCAGCACUUGUCACAUACAUUCCACUCACUACCCCUCUUCAGGAGUCGGACACCACAUCCGAAGCUGCCUCGCUGCAUCUCGUCUUGCAGAACAUUCGUCUUCGCCGACAAGCUGAUCACCCGUACCUGCGCACUCUGAUAGAUGCCUUCUACACGAACCAGGCUCCAAGUUCUCCAAGCUCCACAAGCGGCGGCGUCGGCAGCGUCGUCGUCAUGAAAGGACCCGGUGCGUCCCCAGCGACCUCGUCACCUCCAGUCGAAAAUCUCGUGAAACAGGCAGGCACCGCACAAGACAGUGGAGGUUCCUACUGGCCUGCCGGCGCAGUCGUACCGGCGCUGGCCUCUUCGUCAUCAAUAACUGCGCUGGUGGUAGUGGAGGAGUACAUUGAUGGCUGCUCGCUCGCCGACUACGCCGACGCCGUGGCAAAGAGACGCCUCAAGCAAGGAAGCCUCAAGAUUCAGAACGACGCGGCGGCCAUUGCGUGCCAACUUGCGCAGGUCCUGCUGCACUUACACACUGUUGGGCAUGUGCUGUGCCGCGAUCUCCCCCUUGACUGGGUGCAAAUGGACGUCAACAAGGGUUGCGUGCAGGUUCGGCUUCCUCUCUCUGCGGUAGCGAUGCUCGAUGCGGUGGAAGGGCCGACGAGCUCUGCGCCGGCAGCGGUCAUGGAGUCGCCGUGCACGUCGUUCAUAGGCGACUCAACAGGCACUGUCCUUGGUGAGGGAAAGUGUUUCGUUUGUGCACCAGAGAUGAGCGAAAUGUCCGACUGGAAUGCAGUCUUGUCAGCGCCAUGCGGCACGCUUCCAUUCUGCGCUGAUGUGUGGGCAUUGGGGCUUCUGAUGUUGCAGCUGUGCUCCUUAAAUCACGAGAACCUCUCCGGGGCCACAAAUGCGACUGAACGCCUUCAUGUGAUCCGGAGUCAUCUGCCCCAACCAGCAGCUCUGCUCCCGGCUGACACGGAGGAAGGCAUGGCCGACCUCAUUUGUCGCUGCCUGGAGUGUUCUCCCACGAAGCGGCCGUCCAUUUCGACGCUCCUCAAGUCUAGCGCCAUUGCGAAGCACCGCACCUUGACAAUGCUUGAGCCGAACCGCACCGUCAUCCACCUCGCUGAAGCCGUUAAAGCCAUCAGGAGACAUGAACGCACGCCUGCGUCGGUGCAACCGACUGCACCACACUCGCGAACUGUGAGCAUGGUCGACACAGACCUUCCUAACAAGGUCGUCGACAACUCCUUGAUAUCUCUAUCGCUACAAGAUCUGCACUGGACGACUCCACCCAGCUUUCGCGACGUGUUUGUGCCGAUGGCCGUGUUGCCUCCAGGAACAACAGAACCGUGUGAGCUGCCAGGCGGCAGUGCGUCAAACGACCCAACUGCCACAGCCACCAUGCCGGCGCGACAACGCCUAGCUCCGUCGUUGGCAGCAGCGACCGAGCAGGCACUGCACGAUGUCGCGCGUCUGCAUGACCAGUACCGCGACAUAUGUGUGAUGGCCACACAGACGUCUACUUCAGCCAUGCCCUCUGCGCAAAAGAGCACCUGCGCAGCGUUGCGGGAGCGCGUGCAGAACACUCGGCAGCUGCCACGCGACAUCACCACCACCACGACCAUUAUGGGGGAGCUCACUGAGCACUUUGACAAGCUGGAGCGCAGCGACCCUAAGCUGUGCUUUCGUUUCAUGGAGCUACUUUUGGAAGGUUUCGCGACCUGUCCGUCGGACAUCGCCGCUGUGACAGAUAGCGUUGCCCUGGCCGACAUACUGUUGCACGCCUCUGUCGCGGAUACAACGGCCACCGGUGACGCUCCACCGGUCCGCCAAGAGGUCCCCCUUGAGGAAGUGACACAGCACUCGGUGCCUGAGCCAAAGGAGGCUGUUUUCAACAUCGCCGAAACGCUGCGUGUGAUGCCGUCCAUGCCGGCGCAUAUGAUCUCGUCUGACAGGGCCGCCAACACGUCUUCGGUUCUCUACAACUCGUGGCUACGGAAGCAGCGAAAGAAGCACCUGAAGAUGGACGAAUACUAA